AUGGCUCUAACCCAUGCAACUAUGCAGUAUGCAACUGGCUCAUACUCUUCUCUGGAUUUAUCUGCUGCAGAUGCCAAUCUGUUUAAUGAAUUGGAAAGGUGCAUGAACAUGUUGUGUUUCCAUAAUUUGGUCAUCCUCUACCGUGUCCGAGCAGGCGUCUGUGCAUUCAACACUUGUCAAGGGAGCAGAUGCCUGGAGACUCGUGCUGGAACGACUGCCUGUGUCAAAGGGGGACAUAAUCAAGCACAACGACAGACAACUGUUAUCACCACUCUCAUCGAUGCCUGCACCGUUGGAGACCUGCCUCAAGUCAAAUACAUAUUGUCUCAAGAUAUUGCAAACAUCAAUAAAAGAGGGAAGAAUGGUAUGACACCAGCGAUGAUAGCGGCAGAGAAAGGACACAGAAAGACACUUGAAUUACUUGUGAAGAAAGGUGCUGAUCUGUGUCUAUUGGAUGAUGAUAACAACAGUAUCUUACAUGUGGCCUGUAAAGAGGGAAACGUGGAGAUAGUGAAGUAUAUCCACUCACAGAACAUCAUUGACAUUGAAAGUAGAGGGGACUACGGGAAUACACCGGUGAUGUUUGCUGCACUAUUUGGAAAGAUGGAAGUGUUGUUUUUUCUUGUGAAAAUAGGAGCUGAUCUAUCAAAAUUAAAUGAGGACGGUGAGAAUAUCCUCCAUCUUUCCAGUCGAGGAGGAGAUGUAGAGAUAGUGAAUUAUGUCCUCACACACAAGAUUGUCGAUAUAAACAGUAGAACGUACGCGUUGAAGACACCAUUAAUGCUGGCAGCGAUGUCAGGGACGAGUAAAGUGUUUCAGUUAUUGAUAGAGAGAGGAGCUGAUAUCGCACAAUCACAUGACAGUACGAAACUCCUUGAAUAUGCCUGCAAAGGUGGAGAUGUUGAUAUAGUGAAGUGUGUCCUCAACCUAGCCAAGGUGGACAUCAACUGUGAUUUGUCGGGUGGGGCCACACCAUUGCUGUAUGUAGCACUCUUGGGGCACACUGAAGUGUUUAAAUUACUGGUAAGGAAAGGAGCCGAUGUGACAAAGGUAGAUGAUUACAAGGAAAAUAUCCUUCAUCGUUCCUGUGAAAAAGGAAAUUUGGAGAUCGUGAGAUAUAUCCUCACAAAAAACAUUGUGGACUUAAACAGUAAAGAAGAUGAAGGUAUGACAGCGGUGUUACUUGCAGCACAAUCGGGGACAAGAGAUGUGUUUGACUUACUGACGGAGAGAGGAGCUGAUCUGUCAGUUGUAAAUACUAACGGUGAAAACAUUCUUCAUUUGGCCUGUGACGGAGAAGAUAAAGAGAUAGUGAAGCAUGUCCUCAAACAAAACGUUGUGGACAUCAACAGUAAACAAGGUGAAGAGAUGACAGCGGUGUUACUUGCAGCAAAAUCGGGGACAAGAGAAGUGUUUGACUUACUGACGGAGAGAGGAGCUGAUCUGUCUGUUGUAAACAUUUAUGAUGAAAAUAUUCUUCAUUUGGCCUGUGACGGAGAAGAUAUAGAGAUAGUGAAGCAUGUCCUCAAACAAAACGUUGUGGACAUAAACAGUAAACAAGGUGAAGGGAUGACAGCGGUGUUACUUGCAGCAAAACUGGGGACAAGAGAAGUGUUUGACUUACUGACGGAGAGAGGAGCUGAUCUGUCUGUUGUAAAUACUAACGGUGAAAACAUUCUUCAUUUGGCCUGUGACGGAAAAGAUAUAGAGAUAGUGAUGCAUGUCCUCAAACAAAACGUUGUGGACAUCAAGAGUAAACAAGGUGAAGGGAUGACAGCGGUGUUACUUGCAGCAAAACUGGGGACAAGAGAAGUGUUUGACUUACUGACGGAGAGAGGAGCUGAUCUGUCAGUUGUAAAUACUAACGGUGAAAACAUUCUUCAUUUGGCCUGUGACGGAGAAGAUAUAGAGAUAGUGAAGCAUGUCCUCAAACAAAACGUUGUGGACAUCAACAGUAAACAAGGUGAAGGGAUGACAGCGGUGUUACUUGCAGCAAAACUGGGGACAAGAGAAGUGUUUGACUUACUGACGGAGAGAGGAGCUGAUCUGUCUGUUGUAAACAUUUAUGAUGAAAAUAUUCUUCAUUUGGCCUGUGACGGAGAAGAUAUAGAGAUAGUGAAGCAUGUCCUCAAACAAAACGUUGUGGACAUAAACAGUAAACAAGGUGAAGGGAUGACAGCGGUGUUACUUGCAGCAAAACUGGGGACAAGAGAAGUGUUUGACUUACUGACGGAGAGAGGAGCUGAUCUGUCAGUUGUAAAUACUAACGGUGAAAACAUUCUUCAUUUGGCCGGUGACGGAGAAGAUAUAGAGUUAGUGAAGCAUGUCCUCAAACAAAACGUUGUGGACAUCAACAGUAAACAAGGUGAAGGGAUGACAGCGGUGUUACUUGCAGCAAAACUGGGGAUAAGAGAAGUGUUUGACUUACUGACGGAGAGAGGAGCUGAUCUGUCAGUUGUAAAUACUAACGGUGAAAACAUUCUUCAUUUGGCCUGUGACGGAGAAGAUAUAGAGAUAGUGAAGUAUGUCCUCACGCAAAACAUUGUGGACAUAAACAGUAAACAAAAUGGAGGGAUGACAGCGGUGUUACUUGCAGCACAAUCGGGGACAAGAGUGCUCAUUGAAUUUCUGCCAAGCGCCAAGAAGGGCCAAAUUCAAAAUGGUGCCACUCGGAUCAGGGUCGAUCAAACCAAUAAGCUUGUUGCACUAGACACACAGAAUGUCAUGGAUCCAGCCGUCGCCACCUCACUGGCACACAUGCACGAAACAGGUCAAGUGCUUCAUGCAACAUAUGUCUCGGAAAGGCUGGAAGAAACUUCAGUACCUGUGUUCGAUAUCAUCAAGCGAAACAGCAUGUUAACAUUUGCCAACCGGCCUGAUCUCAAGAAAACAGGCAAGCGAGAUAACAGCACGCAGAAGCAAAACAUGGCCCUAGUCACACAGCUUUUUCUGUCACUGCAGUCGCGACCCGAUGCCGAUAUCCGGGAAUUCUUUCAGUUUGAAAAUCAGCGAGAACCACCAAGCUUGGCAGAUCGAGGAUCACUAAGAUCUGGAACAAAGUCAGAUAUUCUUCAAUGUAUCAAUGUACCAACUGGCCGUGCAGAUGCUGUCAAACAAGCAACGGUUGCUGUCCUUGAUAUGGCCGCAGUGAUUCAUCUAGUUCGUCCAACAAGAGCAAAGACGUUUAAUGAGUAUGUGUCAUUCCACAUCAUUCCGUUCUUGAAGUCACAAGUUAACGGUACUAGUGUCCAACGCAUUGAUGCUGUAUGGGAUACAUAUCCAGAGGACAAUAACCUGAAAGGUCUCACACAACAGCGACGUGGAAACGGCCCACGAACGAGAAUUGGUGAUGGCAAGACUCCAGUCCCAAAGCGGGAUUGGAAUAGCGGUUUCCUGAAAAAUGUUGCGAACAAAAAGGAAUUGUUCUCUUUCAUCAGCAGAGAGAUAUGA